AUGAAGCUCUUGGCCCUUUGCACGAUUGCUCUAAGCUGCUUGGUCUCCGUUCCAGCUGAGAAGCGAGUCUACGACGAAGUGGUUCCAUUCCCUGAGGUUCUCCCAACAACGACUGAGAACAAGGUCGCACUAAAGUUCAAGCCUCAGCUACACAUCAGCAGCGGAUGUCACCCGUAUCCGGCUGUCGACGCUGACGGUAACACCAACGCUGGUCUUGGAAUCACAAAAGUUUUCACGUCGUGCGAAGGAUCCCCUCAAGGCUCGCAAGUCUAUGGCCGUAUGACCGAAUACGAAGGCGUCGUAGCAAUCAUGUACGCGUGGUACUUUCCCAGAGAAUUCAUGGUUUCGCCGGUGUGGGUGGGCCAUCGCCACGACUGGGAGCACGCCAUUGUGUGGCUGGACGGUCUCGGUACGCGUGCUGAGGUGCUCGCUGUGACGGUACAGCAAUUGCUUGGCUACAAGACGUACAAGCCUCCGAAAGCUAAGCACAUGGACGGCUCUAGCGCUAAGAUCAAGUACACUUGGCUCAUUCAAACUCAGCAUUAUCUGUCGGCUACCACGGAAGCGGGGGAGUUCCAAGAUUUGAUAAUGUGGGAAAAUAUGACUGCGGCAGCUCAGGAGGCGCUGGAGGAUACGAAAUUCUUCUGGUCUUGGGCGCCCAUAAACGAAGGACAAUUUCAAGAUAACAUUGAAAAGGCGUACCCAUUCAACUAA